AUGACGAGCGCCAACGACCUCGAGAAGGGCGACAAGGUCAGCUGGAACUACGGCGGCGGGCAGCCGACCGGCACCGUCGAGGCCGUCGUCCCCGAGCACGACACGAUCCAGACCAAGGGCGGCAAGGAGGUUUCUCGCAAUGGCACGGCCGAGGACCCGGCCGUCGAGCUCAAGGCCAGCUCCGGCAACAAGGCGAUCAAGCUCGCGCACGAGCUGAACGAGGUCGACGAGGGGGUGACCGGCGACAAGACGUCGUACGCCAAGGAGGCGGCCGGCGGCGACGCAAAGACGAACAAGGAGGCCGACGAGAAGACGGGCGGCGCCGAGGGCAAGGCCAAGAGCGAGGAGCGCAAGAAGGAGAGCCAGAAGCAGAGCGAGGAGAAGGCCGAUGAGGAGGACGACAAGGAGGAGGAGACCAAGGCCAACGACGACGAGAAGGACGACGACAAGUCCGCCAAGCAGAAGCAGUCCGAGGGCGGCAAGAAGGGCGGCAAGGCGACGCAGAAGAAGGCCGGCACCGCCAAGAAGCAGGACGACGACGAGGAGGAGGAGGACGCCGAGAUGAGCGAGCCUGCCGAGGAGGAGGAGCAGGAGCAGGAGGACAAGGGCGAGGAGAAGACGGCCAAGCAGAAGCAGUCGGAAGGCGGCAAGAAGGGCGCGGCCAAGACCAACGCCAACGCCGGCAACAAGAAGAGCGCCGACGACUCGUCCAAGAAGCGCUCGGCCCCCGAGCCGAGUCGCCGCCAGCCGACUCGCGGCGCUGCGGCCAAGAAGACGCUCGCCGAGGACGACGACGACGAGGAGUUCGAGGCCGACGACGUCGACGACGAUGACGAGGACGCUGUCGAGGAGGACGAGGAGGACGAGCCGGAGAGCAAGAAGAAGCAGCGUGCGGGCGGACGGAAGGGCGGCAAGGCGACGGCGGCCAAGUCGAAGGCGCCGCCGGCAAAGAAGGCCAAGAAGGCCUGAGCGGCUCGUUCCGCGCGCUCGCGAACAAAACGAAUCUUGCAGUAUCAGCCCGUCAUGAUCACG